GGGAGCCACAUAUUCCAAGGGAGAAGAGAAGAGAGAAGCUGGCCGCAGGAUUCGUUUUCCAGUAGAUAGGGUCUCUUGUUUGAUCCAUAACUUGAGUUUCACUCGUCCAAAUAAGGCGUACGAUAUACCAAAAGAAAGCUCUCAAGACGAGGAAUCCGUGAAGGUCUGGUUUGCAGGAAUCGGAGUUGUGUAAGGCUUCCAAAUCGUCCGAGCAAAACACAACCUCGCGGGAGAGGAUUUAAUCUUCUAAAGAAACGAGUUGACCGGGAAACACCCGUUCUAGGGGCUGUUUUCGUAUCAACGAUUAAGGGUUGAACUAGCACUUUGAGGAGGCUGUUUAACACUCAUAUUUGAGCAAGGAAUCAGUUCCAAAUCCACCUUGACCAAAGCUUUGACCAUUGGACCAAGAAAGGAAAGUUUAAAGCUCAAUUGAGGUUGAGGCUUGAGCUUGCACCCUGCGCUCGUUGAUCGGGUGAAUCCGUGGAGAGAAGACUUGAAAUGGACCGUGGUGGCAAGGUAACUAGGAGGAACCCUUUGGGCCGUGCACCCGAGGAGACUGGGCAAGGCAGUCGUAGGACCUCUAGGGCAUCUAGAGGAGCGGGCCGUGGAGGCCAAUCACGGACCGUGAGUGACGGUCAUGUGAGCACCGAAAGUGACAGCUACUGGUCCUAUGAGGACUCGACCUAUCGGCCGGAAACAGAGCCGGUUGAAACCCCUUAUGAAGGGGAUGAUGAUGAUGUAAGUGAUGAGGAGGACAACGGCUCCUUAGCGCGGAUUGAGGCACUACUCCAACAAUAUCACCGUGAGCGUGAAGAGAGGAGGGAACGCCGAAGGCGCCGGGCUGGGCAACCUUCGGGCAUGGCUUCACGAGGAGGAAGUCAUGGUGCAUCUAGAGUCCAUGUGGAACCACGUGGAGGCCAAAAUGAUGGGGGUCCAACCAUAAGGAUCUCCAAAUACAUCAAAGAAGCAAGAGAUUUGGGGUGCAAACCCUUUGAUGGAGCAGGGGACAUUUCAGUGGCAGCACAAUGGAUCAAGAGGCUAAAUGAAGCGGCCCUUGACAUGCAAAUCGCGCCGAAUCUCAAACUGAGAAUUGCGGUAAGAUUACUCGAGGGGAUGGCAUCCAAGUGGUGGGAUGGAACCAAGAACAAGUACGGUGAGACCGUCGUUUGGGAGGACUUCCAACGGGAGUUCUUUGCCCAAUACUAUUCUGAUUUCGAGGUGAAUAAGAAGGUGAGGGAAUACACCCUCCUAACCCAAGGGGGGUAACAUGUCAGUGAAGGAGCUUGAGUACAAGUUCCGGGAUCUUGCCGACUACAUACCGGAGUAUGCUUGUGACGAGAACCGCAUGGUGAACCACUUUUGGGACGCUCUUGACUUGGAGAUACGUGAUAGGGCAACGCAAUUGCCUAAUAUGACUUUCGCCCAAGUGGUUGAACAAGCAUUGAAAGGGGAGAAACAGUGGGAGGAACGGAAGAAGAGAGACGCCGAGGAGGCGAAAAAGAGGAAAUGGGAGAGUCAUGGCUCCCAAGGUUCCAGCAAAAAGGGGAACCACGGAGGAGGAUCUUUCCGGGCACCACCGCCACCGUCUAGGGGGAACCAAGGCCCGAGUGGGCAAGGCUCGAGGUCACAAACCUCGGUGGUAACUCGUUGCAACAAUUGCAAGAAGAACCACUCCGGUAAAUGUCGCGACCCCCCUAGAUGCUUUCAAUGUGGGGAUGCCGGGCAUUUGAAGGCGCAUUGCCCACAACUGGUCGGGGCAAGGACAUCGGGACCAAGUAGUGGCCCGACGGGUACACGGAAUCAACCCGGGGCUUCUCAAGCAAGCCGGGGACAUGGGGGAGCAAGCGCGAGCAACGCGCCGUCCGUGAACCAAGGAAGGACCCAGGCUAGGGUCUACGCGAUGACGGAGGCGGAUGCUCAAGCUAAUCCGGAUUCCGUUGCAGGUAUUACCUCUCGUAUACUAGUGUUUUGUCCUUAAUUAGUCCAUAAAUUAAGGUUACUAAUCGUUAGGACCAUUGCACAAGGUUUGGGGGUCGAACCGGGGGAUUUCGGGCAACUUCAGGCAGCUGGAACCCAGGCACGAUCGUGCCCAAGGCAGACACGAUCGUGCCUCCAAGUCAGUAGCUGCCCAGGAAAAUUCCCAACCCAGGCACGAUCGUGCCUAAGGCAGACACGAUCGUGCCUACAAGGCAGUAGCUGCCCAGGUGUUUCUUCAAACCAGGCACGAUCGUGCCUAAGCCAGACACGAUCGUGCCUCCAAAUCAGUGGCUCCCCAGGAUUUCCCAACCCAGGCACGAUCGUGCCUAAGGCAGACACGAUCGUGCCUCCAAGGCAGUGGCACCCUGGGCGUUUCCCCAAGCCAGGCACGAUCGUGCCUACCCCAGGCACGCCGUGCCUGGCACCCAGUUUGCCGAAAUGAGAUUUUUUCGCACCGUUUUGCGACGUUAAGGCCUCUUCUUGAUCCCUAACGUGCGUAUGAACAUUGCAACCUUCUAUAAAUGAGUAGGGAGGGUAGGGAAGAUGUCUUACAUGGUUCAUGAAUGUAGGGACACUAAAGAUUAACGGGAAGGAUGCACGAAUCCUCAUCGAUACCGGAGCGCAACGUUCAUUCGUGAGUGAGGCGUUCGCCGAGAGCUUAGAGAUACAAUCAAUGCCAAUGACACAAACCUUAGUGGUAUCAACCCCACUAGGGGAAGACGUUGAAAGAAACAAUUACUAUCCAUCUUGUAUGGUGGAAAUCGGUGGCCAAACCUUGACGUGUGAUUUCGUACCGCUGAGUAUGAUGGAGUUCGAUGCAAUCCUAGGGAUGGAUUGGCUAGAAAAGCAUCAUGCUAGGGUAGAUUGCUACACAAAGGUGUUGGAACUUGAAGGCAAACAUGGGGACACCCUACGCUUCGAGGGGGACCGAGGCAAAUCAAAUAGCUGUAUCAUAUCCGCCGUGAGAGCGAGAAGUAUGAUGAGAAAAGGAUGCCACGCAUAUCUAGCAUACGUGGUUGAUAAAACCAAAGAGGAAACGAACAUCGAUGAUGUGAGGGUGGUUUGUAAAUAUCCGGAUGUCUUCCCUAAAGACCUACCGGGGCUUCCACCUGACAGGGAGAUUGAAUUUGUGAUCGAGGUCGAGCCUGGUACCAAACCAAUCUCCAUACCGCCAUACCGUAUGGCACCCGCUGAACUUAACGAGUUAAAAACCCAAUUGCAAGAGCUUUUGGAUAAUGGUUUCAUUAGACCCAGCCACUCCCCGUGGGGAGCACCAGUUCUUUUUGUGAAAAAGAAAGACGGGACGCUUCGAAUGUGCAUUGACUAUCGUCAACUGAAUAAGGUCACAAUCAAGAAUAGGUAUCCGUUGCCUAGGAUUGAUGACCUGUUUGAUCAACUACGAGGAGCAACCGUGUUUUCAAAGAUUGACUUGAGAUCGGGGUACCAUCAAUUGAAGAUUAAGGAAGAUGACAUACCAAAGAGUGCUUUCCGCACAAGGUAUGGGCAUUUCGAGUUCCUCGUUAUGUCGUUUGGGUUAACAAACGCCCCAGCGGCAUUCAUGGACUUGAUGAACCGAGUAUUCCAUAAAUACUUGGAUCGAUUCGUGAUUGUGUUCAUAGACGACAUCUUGAUUUACUCAAAGAGUGAAGAAGAGCAUGAGGAGCACUUGAUACUUGUUCUUGAGACACUACGGGAGAAGCAACUCUAUGCCAAAUUUUCUAAAUGUGAAUUUUGGCUAAAGGAGAUUGGCUUCCUCGGGCACGUGGUUUCAGGAUCGGGAAUUGCUGUUGAUAACAAGAAGAUAGAAGCCAUUACUGAAUGGGAGAGGCCAAAGAACGUCAAGGAAAUUCGUAGUUUCCUUGGAUUGGCAGGCUACUACAGAAAGUUCGUGGAAAAGUUCUCCGUUUUGGCGUCGCCGUUGACAAAGCUCACUCGAAAGGGAGCUAAGUUUAUAUGGGAUGACAAAUGUGAGAAAGGAUUCAUCGAACUGAAGAAGCGAUUGACCGAGGCACCGGUACUUGCAUUACCCAAACAGGGUGUGGGGUACGAUGUCUAUAGUGACGCGAGCAUCCAAGGGUUUGGGUGUGUGUUGAUGCAGGAAGGGAGGGUAAUUGCCUAUGCUUCACGACAGUUGAAGAAGCAUGAGGUAAAUUAUCCUACCCAUGAUCUGGAGCUGGGAGCGGUGGUGUUUGCACUGAAGAUUUGGAGACAUUAUCUCUACGGAGAGACAUGUCACAUAUAUACCGAUCAUAAGAGCUUGAAGUACGUGUUUACUCAGAAAGAGUUAAACAUGAGACAGAGACGGUGGAUGGAGUUGAUAAAGGACUACCACCUAGUUAUUGAGUACCAUCCAGGUAAGGCAAACGUUGUAGCAGAUGCCCUCAGCCGGAAGAGUUCGUCUGGGGCAUUGUUGACUAGUUUGAGGGCACUGAGGGCCCAAUUGGAGGUAUCUAGCGACGGUGCCUUAUUGGCACGGUUCGAAGUGAGACCGACUCUACUUGAUGAGAUCAAGAAGGGUCAAGAGAAGGACACGGAACUUAUGAAGGUCCGGGAACGCAUGCAAGCGGGACCGGUGGAGGAUUUCAGGGAAAGAGAUGAUGGUCUCUUAUUAUUUCGUGACCGAGUGUGUGUACCGGCGGAUGACGAGCUCCGAAAGUCCAUCUUAGAGGAGGCUCAUUCAUCGGCUUAUGCCAUGCACCCGGGGGGCACGAAAAUGUACCGUGAUUUGAAAGAAAGUUACUGGUGGUCUGGAAUGAAGAGGGAAAUAGCCGAGUACAUCAGUCGAUGCCUUACUUGCCAACAAGUUAAGGCAGAACAUCAGCAUCCAGCAGGCCUGUUACAACCACUUUCCAUUCCUGAAUGGAAGUGGGAACACGUGACUAUGGAUUUUGUGGUAGGUUUGCCACGGACAAUCAGGAACUAUGAUGCAGUUUGGGUUGUUGUAGAUAGGCUCACAAAGAGUGCACACUUCUUGCCAAUCAACACCACUUACCCACUUGAGAGGUUAGCCAAAUUGUAUACGGAUGAGAUCGUGAGGCUGCAUGGGGUCCCAGUGACCAUUGUAUCUGAUAGAGACCCACGAUUCACAUCACGUUUUUGGCCAAAAUUCCAGGAGUCUAUGGGGACGAGGUUGAAGUUCAGUACUGCUUUCCACCCACAGACGGAUGGGCAGUCUGAAAGAGUCAUACAGAUCCUAGAAGACAUGCUGAGGGCUUGUGCAUUGGAGUUCCAAGGAAGUUGGGACAACCACUUAGCACUUGUGGAGUUUGCCUAUAACAACAGUUAUCAGGCAAGCAUCGGCAUGCCUCCAUACGAGGCAUUGUAUGGGAGGAGGUGCCGUACACCGUUAUGCUGGGACGAGGUUGGCAUGGCCAAACUCGAGGGUACUGAGUUGGUUGAGGUCACCAAAUCAAAGGUGAAGUUGAUUCGAGAGAGACUCAAAGCGGCUCAGGAUAGACAAAAGAGUUAUGCAGACAAGCGUCGAAGGAUCUUAGAGUUUAAGGUUGAUGACGAGGUAUUCUUGAAAGUUUCUCCUUGGAAAGGGAUCAUUCGGUUCCAAACCCGAGGAAAACUUAACCCACGAUAUAUAGGUCCAUUCAGAAUUAUAGAGAGGAUUGGGGCCGUUGCAUACCGUCUACAGUUGACUCCUGAGUUAGAGAAGAUACAUAAUGUGUUUCAUGUAUCCAUGCUCAAGAAGUAUGUGCAUGAUCCCUCUCACGUAUUGGAGAAGCCACCUGUAGAGGUAUGUGAGGAUUUGAACUACGCUGUUCAACCUAUCAAGGUCACCGAUAGAAAGGUGAAGAAACUGAGGAGCAAAGAAGUCUCAAUGGUUAAAGUCCUGUGGAAGAGCGAUCGGGUCGAGGAAGAGACAUGGGAAACGGAGGCUUUGAUGAGGAAGCAGUAUGCUUUCCUAUUCGAGUAGAGCUGUGAAUUUCGGGGACGAAAUUCCUGUUAAGGGGGGGUGAACUUGUGACACCGCACCCGAACGUCCUUGGAAAUUCGAUUUAAAAAUUCAAAAGUGAUGUAUUGAAUUUCCGAUUUCAAAACAAUGGAAAAACGAUUAAUAUGUUACGAAGUGCAUGAUUGAAUAUUGUAUUGUUCAAACCCGUAUUCUUUUGUAAUUUUCAUCAUGUAAAUUAUCGAGAUGAGCCUACACAUAUUGUAGAUCAAUAAUGUGAUGUAGGAAGUUGACUUGUUCUAAAUAAAUUAGGAUGAGUACAAAAGGGCAUCUUUUGACAAAAGAUGAAACAAUAGGACCCAUCUUCCCAUUUUUGGAAGUAUUGGUAGAUAUUUUGGACCCCAAAUUGAGUGGGAUCAUUUGGGAAUCAUCCCACAUGACCUUGGUACCUGCAAAGACAAAGAAAAAUGGAUGAGACAACUAUGUGGGGCGGACUUUUGACUCAUGAGCUACAACAUUACAAAAAGGAAAUAAAAGAGGAGGUCCAUACCAUGUUUGAUUGCAAUCAAAUACCCUACCCUUCUUUUUUGUGAACCACAUGCUCUCUUAGCAUGAUUGAGGCCCCCUAAUACACUCCCCCUACACCCCAUUCGAACUCCCAAGAUAAGAGAGAAAGAGGGAGCCACAUAUUCCAAGGGAGAAGAGAAGAGAGAAGCUGGCCGCAGGAUUCGUUUUCCAGUAGAUAGGGUCUCUUGUUUGAUCCAUAACUUGAGUUUCACUCGUCCAAAUAAGGCGUACGAUAUACCAAAAGAAAGCUCUCAAGACGAGGAAUCCGUGAAGGUCUGGUUUGCAGGAAUCGGAGUUGUGUAAGGCUUCCAAAUCGUCCGAGCAAAACACAACCUCGCGGGAGAGGAUUUAAUCUUCUAAAGAAACGAGUUGACCGGGAAACACCCGUUCUAGGGGCUGUUUUCGUAUCAACGAUUAAGGGUUGAACUAGCACUUUGAGGAGGCUGUUUAACACUCAUAUUUGAGCAAGGAAUCAGUUCCAAAUCCACCUUGACCAAAGCUUUGACCAUUGGACCAAGAAAGGAAAGUUUAAAGCUCAAUUGAGGUGAGGAUUGACAUCUAAUUGCUUACAACUUGUAGGUUAAGCAUGAGAUUACCUAAAUGCCUAAAUCAUUAUUUUUCAUGAAUUAUGAUGGUUAUAUAUUGAUGAAAUAUUGAUAUAGUUGCCAAAGAAUGAAAUUUGAAAUGAUUUGAGAAUGUAUGAAUAUUAUGAGAUUAAAUGAGUAUAAAUGAACUAUUUUUGUGAAAUAGGCAUUUUGCUCAUGUAUGAAUUAUGUGCUUACAUAAAUGAAUAUUUGUGUAUUGAGAUUGAAUACUUAAGUUGCUGCUACAUAAUUCUAAUUAUGUAGAGAAUUACAAAUAAUGAGGAUAAUGGUAUGAUAACAAUAAUCUUAAUAGUAUUGAAAUACUAGUUAGUGAUUAUUGGGACUUGUUGAUUAAAUUGAUCCUAGGGAUUGGAUUGUAUGAAAGAUACUUGAAUGUAGUUCAAGUGUAUCUAAUAACUUAGUAAGGAACUAAGGUUAAGUUAUGGGAAGUCUUUAGGGAUGACCCAUGGUAGUUAAUGAUAUGUCAAUUCUAGGCAUAGGGUUGCUUGAGAGUUGGACCUUAAUGCAUGGUGAUGUGAUAGAGCCGAGCUCUAGAAUGCAUGUAAGGUGUAGACUUGGAGUCUAUGUAUUGUAUAGCUAGAGCCGAGCUCUAGGACUUGCGUGGUGAUGUGAUAGAGCCGAGCUCUAGAACGCAAGGUAGGGAAAUUGACCCGAGGUAUAUGAGUUGUAUGGUGAUGUGGUAGAGCCGAGCUCUAGAAUACAAUGUCAUGUACUAGGGUUGGACUCUAGGAGUUGUCGUGGCUUAUAGUCACGGGGUUGGGAAUAGUGAUUUUCCAAAUGAACAUGGGCCCACGGGCCGGCUACUUGACUUUUAUAUAAAGUAAGUAUAUUUUUAAACGGGGUAACUUAGGGUUACAAUCAUAAUGUACUAUCACCCUAUUUGAGGGUCUUGUGUUUGAAAUACUUGUUGUAUAUCUAUUAGAUGCCUGCCACACCAGUACUUUAUAGCCGUAUAGAGUACUGACCCCUUCGGGGGCGUCCCACCACCAUUUCAGGUUGAGGCUUGAGCUUGCACCCUGCGCUCGUUGAUCGGGUGAAUCCGUGGAGAGAAGACUUGGUUCGUGCUUCCUCCAUUCUAUUUGAAACAUUAACAAAUUUGCUCAUGGAUAUUUUAUUAUAGAGCCUGCGUGCUCAUGAAUAGCCCUGUGUGGCCCUUUUGUUUUAAACAAUGUUUUCCGCUGCUUUAUGAAUUACUUAUUAUGUUGUUUAUGGAUGACGUAUGUGUGAAUGAUAUUCAUGACGCCUUGUAUAAUAUGAAUGUGUUGGACUGCGGUUGACUAUUCAUAUUGUACGGCGGGUUGUUGACGUGUCCGGGGAGGUCCGGGGCGUGACAAAUUAAACCAUCAA